UGGAGGGACGGAUGGAGCGGCGGCGGCCGGGCCGGGCUGGGCCCGCGGAGGGUGGAGAUUUCUUGCCCUGGGAGUGAGCUGAAUGGGGCUCCCUUAGACAAAGGGUCCCAGUCAGCAUUCCAGGCUCCAGACGCGUCCAGGGACUUUUCAUUCUUUGUCUGAAAGGGCAGCGGUGCCGUUCCCAUUAGAGCGAUGCCUGACGGAGCCGGUGCCACCGGCGAGCGAGGAGCUGCGGCAGCCGAUCGGCUUUCAAAUCACCUUCAAACCUCGAUUUCCUCAACAUGAUCCCUCCAUCGGCCCAGUCUCCGGGGCACAGCCGGGGGGCUUUGCCGGGAGGAGAAUAAUCCGGUGACAGCCAGCGCUGGAAAAGCCCCGGACACGGCGAGGGGGCUCAAAAUCCACCUUUCCCAGCACUCCAGGACUUUUUAGACUCGGGCAGUAGCUUUGCACGGCCUCACCCUGCAGCCCCCACUGUGAUUUCGGGGCACUCAUCUGCUCUCUAGGAUCCAGCACCAAUCUAGAGGGGGUGAAGCCCCCCUUGGAGCAUCCCCGGGGCCGAAGAGCAGCUUCCCCGCGGCGCCGGCUGCCGGGGGAGGGAUGAAGACGCUAUGGCCAAGCUAUUAGUAAAACUCCAGCGGUACUUUCGGCGGAAACCCGUGCGGUUCUUCACUCUGCUGGCUCUGUAUCUGGCGGCCGGCAGCUUGGUUUUCCUGCACUCCGGCUUUUCCGGGGAGCCCACGGUCCCGGGGAGCCCCCGCAGCCCCGCGGGGGGCGAGGGGCCGGGGCUGCCCUACCUGGGGGUGAUGCAGCUGAGCCGCGGCUUCAAGGCAGCGGCCACGAUCCCGGGGAGGGUCCGGCGACACGGCCCCUGGUUCAAAAGCACCUCCAAGGAACCGGCGGAGAGGGGAAAAGCCAGGGACAACGGCGGCACCCGGAGCCGGGCACUCAGGGGCAGGAGCGGCCGCGAGAAGGAGGAGGACAGAGCACGAUACAUCGGCUGCUACAUGGACAACACUCGCCGGCGGACCCUGCGUGGGAUGUCCUUCUUCGACUACAAGAAGAUGACAGUCUUCCGUUGCCAGGACAACUGUGCUGAGCGGGGGUACCUCUAUGCAGGACUGGAAUUUGGCGCCGAGUGCUACUGUGGGCACAAGAUCCAGGCGUCAAACGCCAGCGAGUCCGAAUGUAACAUGGAGUGCAAGGGGGAGCGGAGCAACACCUGUGGUGGGAUCAACCGUCUCUCCAUCUACCGCCUGGAGCUGGCCCAGGAAUCCGCCAGGAGAUAUGGCAGUGCCAUAUUCCGGGGGUGCUUCCGCCGGCCGGACAACGUGUCCAUCGCCCUGCCCGCCAGCCAGCUCAUGCUCAACAUGUCUGUGGACAAGUGUGUGGAUUUCUGCACUGAGAAGGAAUACCCGCUGUCAGCCCUGGCAGGGACCUUGUGCCACUGCGGAUUCCCCACGACGCUGUUCCCACUGCACGAGCGCGAGGACGAGCAGCUCUGUGCCCAGAAAUGCCCCGGGGAGGAGUUCGAGAGCUGCGGCACCGCCGACUUCCUCCUGGUGUACCAGACCCAGGUGCAAGACAACCGUUGUAUGGACAGGAGGUUUCUCCCCACCCGAGCCAAGCAGCUGGUGGCCCUGGCCAGCUUCCCUGGAGCUGGCAACACCUGGGCACGACACCUGAUCGAGUUGGCCACCGGCUUCUACACCGGCAGCUACUACUUUGAUGGGUCUCUCUACAACAAAGGAUUCAAGGGUGAGCGGGACCACUGGCGCAGCGGGAGGACGAUUUGCAUCAAGACCCACGAGAGUGGCCAGAAGGAGAUUGAGUCCUUCGACUCUGCCAUCCUGCUCAUCAGGAACCCCUACAAGGCCCUGAUGGCCGAGUUCAAUCGCAAGUACGGGGGACACAUCGGCUUCGCCGCUCACGCCCACUGGAAGGGCAAAGAGUGGCCGGAGUUCGUGGCCAACUAUGCGCCGUGGUGGGCAACCCACACCCUCGACUGGCUGCGCUACGGCAAGAAGGUGCUGGUGGUGCACUUUGAGGACCUGAAACGAGACCUCUUCGUGCAGCUGCAGCGGAUGGUGGGGCUGCUGGGCAUCACUGCCUGCGAGGACAGGCUGCUCUGUGUCGAGGGCCAGAAGGACGGCAACUUCAAGCGAUCCGGCUUGAGGAAACUGGAGUACGACCCCUACACCCCUGAGAUGAGGAAGAUGAUCAGUGGCUACAUCAAAACAGUGGACACGGCUCUGAAGCUCCGGAACCUGUCGGGGGUCCCGGACGAUUAUUACCCGAGAUGAUGGUGAUGACGGCGGGGGGGACCUGACCCUGCUCCCGGCCUCUGCCUAAUUCCACCCAGUGGGUGGCUCUGCUUUUAAUUCUCCAUUGCUGCUAUAGCUGUUGAUCAACUCCCUGCAUGAGCGACGAGUGGUCCCCAGCCAGUGCUGAGCUUGUUUGACCAUCACAGACCCCGGCAAGGCAGCAGCACCGAGGGGACACGGGUGCCUUCACCACCACAGGGUUCCUGCUCCAUCCCACUCCUGUUCCGGCUGCUACAGCCCUCCUUGGAAGUGCAAUGGGUUUUAUCCGUGGUCCUUGGAAGUGCCCUGGGUUGUUUGUGGUCUCCUUGGGCUGGCUCAGGGACACAGGCCAUGCCUGACGGACCCUGGAGCUGAGCUCCCAGGGGUGGGUAUCCCCAAACUCCUUUCACUCCAUGGCCAGCCCUGGGAGGCAUCUGCUUGUCCCUGCAUGGAAUCCAUCAGCAUUAGGCCAAGGGGUGGUAUUGCGUGAGUGUUGCUCCCAGGGAUCCCAUCAUUCCUGAUGGGAAUCAGGAAGGCUGUGCUGGGGAGAGUAAUGUCCCCAAACAAGGUGGCUGUGCCCCCAUGAGCCAACCCUUGGCUCCCUUGGCUCCCUGGAGCAAGGCUGCAUUCCCCGGUGCUGCCCUAGCACCAGGCAACAUCGCUGCUCCAGCCCUGGAGGAGUCCAUGACCCCCACCUGGGUGGCUACAGGUGGGAUCUCCCCCCUCCACAGGGAAGAUGCUCAAGAGGGGGACGUUGGCCCUGGACUGAAGAGCUUUUGCAACCCAGGAGCUCAUCUGUGCCUCAUUUCAGGAGCUCACGAGCCAGAACAGCCCCCCAGCAGCUGUUUUGGGGGCCAGGAGCUGCAGUGGGGAGCAAACCUUGGGGCUGAGCUUUGGGAGGGCUGAGCCCCCCCGAGCCCCAACCCAAACCAAAGGAUCCCGUGGGCACAGGAAGGUGCCAUUUCCAGGCUGGCUUUGUGCAGAGCUGCAUGUGAUCCCCAGCCAUCCCCUCAUCCCACGCUGCCCUCCCAGCCUGUCCCUGUCCUGGCUUUGCCCCAGACAAGCUCCCCUAAUAUUCCCAACCUGUGAGUUCCCUUUGGGUGUAGGUGCAAAAGCCAUAUAUUGUACGCAGCCUUUUCUAGAUUAGAUGUUGAACAAUUGGCUUUUAACUCUUGAUCUUGAUAGAAACACAGGCACAGGUCAAAUCGAGACACACCACUCGAUCUAUAUUUAAAGAGAGAAGAAAAUUCCAUGGAGAAAAAGGAGAAUUUAAAUAAAAAUAUAUUUUUCUAAUGUGCUUGAGGAGCAAACAUGGGCUGGGGGGCUCCUACUCCCUGUUUCUUUUGCACGGAGGUGGGUGAAUGUGUUCAGAGGGAAUAGCCGCCCUGGUUUUAACUCUUCCCUUGUCAAAUGGCUGGAGGUUUUUUGGGAAUGGAGCUGAGCCCACGCUCCUUCACUCACAGCAGCCCUGGGGCUGUUUACCUCGGUCAGAAAAAAUCCUCAGGUCAAUCCAGCUAUUAAAGGAGAGAUUUUGUUGCUAUUCUGCCUCCCCGUGUGUUUGUGGGGCCACCUGAGCACCUCCUACCCAUCCCAGACCAGAGUGUCCCACAGGAUACGGCUCCUCUCCCCCACCUUUAAUCCCAACAAUGUGAUUUCUGUAUUUAAACCACUGAGAACAGAACCAAAGGGGCUCCUUCUUGGGAGCUUUAGUACCUUUAGAGUGUCCUUCAGUACCUUGUUGGGGUCUAUGGGGAGAUUCACUGCAGGCUUUAUUCCUGGUGCCUCCCAACCUUCCUCAGUGCUGGAGCAAGAGCAGGUUCAGUGCAAUUUAUUCCUUAUUUCUGAUCAGGAGUUGGUGAAAUCCCUUUUUUUAUAGCAGCACUGGGUGUGCAGUGAUGAAGACACACAUCAGGCGUGAUUUGUUCUGACAGGCCGUGGCUGCCAAAGGGGCAGCGUUCCCUUCCGCCCCUUAGAAAUAAUUAAACCCCAAAAGCCAAUUAAUCUCGGAGAUAAAACAAUUAAGAGCUGACAUUGCGUGCAGCCAAUGUGCUCAGAGCCUGGGCUACAGCUUGUCAGGAGGAAGGGAGGGCGUGGGGAGGGGGACCCCACAUCUGCCCCACCGCCCCCACAAACCCCUUCCCAACCCACGGCAAAAGGAUUGAUGGAGCUCCCUGAGCACCAGCAGAUUCAAUUCCCCUCUUUUAUUUUUUUCCUCCUGCCUUUAUUGCGCCGCAAUUGCUUUUUUUAAAAUUUAAUUUGCACUGAAAUGGAGCAUUUGGAAGUCAUUAGGUCCCUGUCAGCGUGUGCUGCACAUCUGGCUGCACCUCUGGAUUAGGGGGGGUGUCCCUCCUUCCCUUCCAUUCCACUGACGCAGGAGCAGCUUCUCCCUCCUGCCAGGAGCUGCUGUCCCUGCACGCACAGAGCCGAAGCUUCAUGCUCUCAUUUAUUUUUAUUUAUUUAUUAAAUGCAGGGUUAUAUUUUUACCACGUGGGACUGGCACGCACUAAAAAAAUCUCCAUUCCCCCUGGAAAGAGGAGCCAACCAUCCUUCCUGCAUCAUUUUCCUGGGCAAAACUCUUGACAUUUAAUAGCCUCCCUGCUCAGCUGCCUCUGUAAUGCCAUUAGCCCGGGGUAGGCAACACUCAGUCUUUCCACGAGGACUGGAAAAGCAGGGAAUCUUUCUGCUUGACUCAGCCCCAGCGAGCCCUGAGCAAUCCCUGGGUAGGCACAACCAUCUCGCCCAGCCCCAUGUGGGGUUGGGGAGAUCCUGACCCCCCUCCCUGGAUUCCUGCACUGAAAAUCAUCUAUUUCCAUCAAUCUCUCAUCCCUGGGAGUGUUUCCCUCCCUCCCGGUCCUGCGCUGGCGGAGGCUGCAGCAUCCUCCCUCCUGGGCUGGAUGGGUUUCUCAGCGGUUGCUGUGGCAACGGCGGCUGCACCAAAACCGCCUGCAUUUCCCCCAGUUCUGUGUGGGUUUUGUGCUCAGCGGUCCCUGGAACAGCGGCUGCACCAGAAUCACCUGCAAUGCCCCCAAUUCCGGGGGGGGAGGUUUGUACUCAGUGGUCCUUGUGGUGCAAGAGAUGAUUCUGGAGAUGAUGACCAGAGCAGCUCAGGUUGGGGGUCCCUCCCUCAUCAAAGGCAGUGGAAGCCCCUCUGGGGUGAAUUCAGGGGGUUCUGGGCAAUGACCCCAGAGAUGUUGGGGGGCUCAGAGCAGCUCAGAAGGAAGGGGCUCCCCUUCCUCCCAAAUUAAAUCCCAUGAAGUUCCUGCUGCGUUUAAAUGAGAGGGAAAUCAUCCCCCUCAGCAGCACUGUCACAAAAGCCCCUUAAUGGGGAGAUGUGUCAUAAAUCCGAGAGCAGCAACAUCCAUCACUGAUAAAACCAACAUGCUUAUUUAUCAGCUUUGCUAUUUUCCCCCAAAUUUACAGCUGACAAUCUGCCUGAAUACAGCAGAGAUUAUUUAAACAUGGCUCCAACCUGCCUGGCUCUGAGGAAAGGGAGAGGGUAACAUGUUUAUUCCUUUUUUUUUUUUAAUUUAAUUCCAACUCCAAAUAAAGGAGUGAUUUAUGGGUGAGGUAAA